CACGUUUAAAAAUAUUUCUUGACCCUUCACGCUCACAACUCACCUCUUAGACCUGCCGCAUUUGGCUCAGAUUUAUCCGCCCGCCCCUCGCCCCUAGCCCAGAUAGAAGAACUAGUAGAAGAUAAGAAUCCGCUGACUCAUGUAUGUACCAUACAUACCCACCCACCUCAAAUCUUGUUCCUUUGAUUGAUUCAGAGACUGCAUGAGACGAAAGGAGUUCGACGGCAAUCGGUGCGGAUUCAAGUGGUUUUGUUUGCACUUGAACACGAGUUUCAAUACAAAGCAAUGGCUAUGGCUAUGGCUAUGGCAAUUCCUUCUCAAACGAUAUCGUUUACUUUGUUCCGGAAAGCUUCUGCUCUUUCGUCAACGCCGUCUUCUUCAAUUCGCUAUCGCUUCUCUUCUCGACGAUGGUUGAACUCAAAUUCUGCUCCUCAGAUUCACUUGUGUUUUGACAAUUUUGUUUCAAGGUGCUCAAUGACAAAUACUGAGCUAGACUUGAAUGAAGUUGCUACCGAUGAGGAGGUCCAAGAAGAUAUGUCAGCUGUUGAUAUGGAGUGUCUGGUCCCAGUUGUUCAUCUAAAUCCUGAUACUCUUCAGACUGAUUCUUUGACUUUACUCACUGAAGGAACUUAUGUGGAUAGUCUUUUCAGAACGUUGCCAGUUUUAUCAGAGGAGGAGCAGAAUGCUCUUGCUGCAACUCCAGCCCACCCAGAGGGUUUGCAUGCUUUGUAUGCAUGUUGUCUUGCUGGCAACUUGGUGGAACAACUUUGGAAUUUUGCUUGGCCUUCUGCUAUUGCGUUGCUUCAUCCUAGCCUUCUACCUGUGGCGGUCAUGGGAUUCUUCAGUAAGUCUGCACUAAUUAUUGGAGGGCCAUUGGUGGGUAAACUUAUGGAUCAUUCUCCCAGAGUACCUACUUAUGUUUGCUUGAAUACUGUCCAGGCUUCUGCACAGUUUGUAUCUGCAGCAAUGAUAAUUCAUGCCCACACUGCACUACCUACUUCAUCAUCUGUUCUUCUCCGUCCUUGGUUUAUUGUACUGGUAUUAGCAGGUGCAAUUGAGAGGUUAUGUGGAGUGGCAUUGGGAGUUGCUAUGGAGCGUGAUUGGGUUGUGCUGUUAGCAGGAAUUAACAGACCAAUUGCACUUGCCCAAGCAAACGCUAUUCUUAACCGAAUUGAUCUGCUGUGCGAGAUAGCUGGAGCAUCUCUGUUUGGUAUUCUUCUCUCUAAGUAUGAUCCAGUUACCUGCUUAAAGUUUGCAGCUGGUUCAAUGGUGUGGUCAUUGCCUAUUAUGAUUAUUCUCACAUGGUUAACAAACAAACUUUCUACUGGGGUUCUUGACCGUGCUAAAUGUUCACAAAGCUGUUGCGAAACAUUCAGUGGAAAGCCUUUGCCUGAUAGUGGCAGCAUAGUGGAUGCAGGUUUAGAAGCUAUCAAGCUUGGAUGGAAGGAAUAUGUGCAACAGCCUGUUCUUCCUGCAAGCCUUGCUUAUGUACUUAUAUACUUCAAUGUCAUUCUCACUCCAGGCAGUUUAAUGACAGCAUUUUUGACACAACGAGGUCUGAAUCCAUCUAUCAUUGGUGGUUUUAAUGGGCUAUGUGCUUUCAUGGGUGUUGCAGCAACAUUCUUAUCUGCAUACUUGGUUCGGCGAUUUGGAAUUUUGAAGGCUGGAGCAGUGGGACUGAUAUUUCAGGCUUCUCUUCUUACCAUGGCGGUUGCUGUAUAUUGGAGUGGACAUUUAUCCCACCAAAGUCCUCUUUUAUUCUUCUUGUGCUUAAUUGUCUUAUCAAGGUUGGGACACAUGUCAUAUGAUAUUGUGGGAGCACAAAUUCUUCAAACAGGGAUCCCGUCUUCCAAAGUGAACCUCAUUGGAACAACAGAGAUUUCUGUAGCAAGCUUAGCGGAAUCUGUAAUGUUAGGAGUCGCAAUCAUUGCAAAUGAUGUAUCACAUUUUGGAAUUUUGGCAAGCCUAUCACUUUUAUCAGUAGUUGGGGCAUCAUGGAUGUUCUGCCGAUGGUUGUUAAAUCCAACAGAUAAACAAAGAAGCCUUUUCUCUUUUGAUACUCAUUCUUAAAUCUAAAUGUGUCAGUUUCUGCCAUUGAAAGGUUAUUUCCGAGCCAGGAUGUGGUUAUAAACUAUUGAUGAUGUCCAAUUGUAACUUCUACAUUUAAAAAAAAAAAAAAAGGUUAAGGUAUAUAUUCUCCACCCGGAAGCUUUAUUGUAAAGUCUGUAACAUGCCCACAUGUACUAUAAAAAUAGAAGAGAAGCUUAAAGCAGGUUUAAUUAACGAUAACGCUACUACAACCUGUGCAAACAUUUAGAUAAAUCUGUAAAGCAUCAACUAAUUCAAAAAAUUGUCAAUGGAAAUCACUAUAUUGUUGGUGGUGAA